GGGAGAGAGGGAGAGGAGGAAAACAGCAUCCUUCAUCAGACAGAGAGGAGAACGAGAGAGGACGAGUGAGAGGAGGGACAAAUGAGAGGAGAGAGAGAAAACGCCGGGACGGAGAGAAAAUAAAGAAGAAGAAGAAGAAAAAGACUGAUGGUGUCGACUGAGAGAGGGACAGACGGAGGGACGAGAGACCCUGAGAUAGACAGAGAGACAGAGAGAGAGAGAGAGAGGGACGAGCAGGAGGCUUUAACAUCUGUCAUCUGGGCCUGUGUGUGUGUGUGAGAGUGUGUGUGUGUGUGUGUGUGAGAGUGUGUGUGUGUGAGAGUGUGUGUGUGAGAGAGUGUGUGUGUGAGAGAGUGUGUGUGUGUGUGAGAGUGUGUGUGUGUGUGAGAUAAGCUGAUUGGAACACACAUGUUGGAGGGCGGAGCCAUGAUGGGCAAGGAUUACAUGUUGGCCAUCAUCAUAGUCAACUAUGACGACAACAUCUGGACUGACCAGAACCUGCUGCUGGACCCAGACCUCCCCUCUGGCUGGAGAACCAUCAAAGACUCAACAGGAACCUACUACUGGCAUGUUCCCACUGGCGCCACCCAGUGGCAACACCCCCGCCUCACUGGGAUGCCUCAGCCUGUCGACACACAGCAGGAGGAAGCUGGACAGCAGAGUUCCAACAGACAGACAGACGGCCCACCUGAGGACAGGUCGUCAUGGCAUGAAGAUUAUGUCUCCAGCCACGACCCUGACUCCAAGUGUUUUGCGGUGCGUUCACUGGGCUGGCUGCAGGUGGAGGAGGAGGACCUGUCUCCAGGUCGCAGCAGUCUCGCUGUCAGUAACGUCAUCCAGCAGCUGUCUCACUGCAGCAGCCCCGAGCAGAGAGACAGGCUGGGAGCCUCAGGGGAGGGUCGGGAGAUGAUGCUGGUUCUGAAGAAAGACACUUUGAGCUUGUUGGACCCAUUAGACCACACCCCCCUCCACUGUCAACCAAUCAUCAACAUCCGUGUCUGGGGGGUGGGCUGCAACAACGGCAGGGACUUUGCCUUCGUGGCGGGAGAUAAGGACAGCUGUGUGCUGAAGUGUCACGUGUUUCGCUGCGACGCUCCAGCCAAAGCCAUCGCCAGCGCUCUACAUGAGAUGUGCUCCAAGAUGAUGUCAGAGAAGACGCUGAUGAGGCCGUCUCGCUCUCUGACCAUGGAGAGCAUCUCACCUGAAGACUUGCCCAGACAAGUUGAGUUUCUGGAGGCUGUUCGGCAGCAGGUCCAGAAGUUCGAGGUCCAGUACAUUGGUAACCUGCCGGUGUCCAGAGCCAUGGGUAUGGAGGUGUUGAACCGAGCCAUCGAGAGCAUCAUGAACUCCACAGACAGAGACGACUGGGAGCCGACGGUGAUCCACGUCACUGACAACGUCCUGUCUCUGUGGAAGGGAGAGGAGGGGGAGGAGCCGUUCUGGGAGUGUCAGGUACGAUUCCUCACCUUUCUGGGCGUCGGCCACGACUGCCACACCUUCGCCGUGAUCGUCGAUGGCGGCACGCAGAGAUUUGAGUGUCAUGUGUUCUGGUGUGAACCGGACGCAGGAAUCCUCUCCGAGGCCGUCCAGGCUGCAUGUAUGGUUCAGUAUCAGAAGUGUCUGGUGGCUCAGACUCCUCCUCCGAGGUCCAAGUCGUGGCGUGCGAACCCGUCAAAGGUCAAACGGGCCAACUCCAUGGACGGUGCAGCUUUCCCUCCUCUUACGUCCCGUUACCAUGGCGGCAGUGGCUCCACCAUGCUGACGCCAAGGAUAACGAAGGGCAACAGCAGAAGCGUGAGGAAGGGGAUGAUGGCGUUCUUCGAAACCUUUCGCAACAAGCAGACUGCUACCUCCUAAUGACGGGGGCGGGGCCAUCAGAGCUAUACGUCAGCAGAGGUGGGACUCCAGGUGGCCUCCAGUCCUCCAGGACUGAAACACACAAAAACCAUGACGGCGAGGACACGGUCCAGACCCACACCUCAGUGACUGAACUCAUGGCUCUGGUGGUCUGACCUUCACAUCACCAGCGACGCCAACACGACCACAGUCGCCUCGUUUCCUGUUUGUCAGACCAGAGACACACCUGAACCGCUCGUCACCAUGUUAGUCUCACCUGAGCUGCCACGCAGUCCAGGUCUCUGGGGUGAACAGCAUGAAGGUCAGGUGACUAGACGACGUCUGAGGACACAGAGGACGGCUCAGUGAGACCUCAGACCUGUGGACCUGGACAACGAGGUCCAGAACGGUCGUCUGUGUUCGACUCUAAGAUCUGUGUCUCAAACCAGGUACUUCAGGUACUGCACACAGGUAGUCCUCUGUGUACACUCUCCACUCAUGUAGUACUCUGUACACACUAUACUCACAUGUAGUACUCUGUGUACACUCUACACUCAUGUAGUAUUCAGUACACACUAUACUCACAUGUAGUACUCUGUGUACACUCUACACUCAUGUAGUACUCUGUAUACUCACAUGUAGUACUCUGUACACACUAUACUCACAUGUAGUACUCUGUGUACACCCUAUACUCAUGUAGUACUCUGUACACACUAUACUCACAUGUAGUACUCUGUAUACUCACAUGUAGUACUCUGUACACACUAUACUCACAUGUAGUACUCUGUAUACUCACAUGUAGUACUCUGUACACACUAUACUCACAUGUAGUACUCUGUAUACUCACAUGUAGUACUCUGUGGAACAGACAGGGAAGCGAAGGAACCGAGCAGCUGAUCAAAUGUUCAGUAUGGAGGUGACAAACUGACCAACGGCCUAAAGUUCACGUAUAUCACACUGCACGUUCACAGCUACACUGCUAACUAGCUGCUAACUAGCUGCUAACUAGUUAACUCUCUCUCUCUCCCCCUGAUGUCACACAGAGAUGAUAAAUUAGCAUCAUUAGCUCGUUUACUUGCUGCUGCUGCCUCUUAAUGUUUAGUUUAAACACACGUGUAUGUCAGAGAGGUAGAAGCUGAGUGAAUCUCACUGUCGCUUCUCACCAGUCAAACAUCACACGGUUAUCUUCAAGGCGCAUGCGUGAACCUCGGAGUUCGGCUGCCGUCCUCUCCUCCUGACGAGCUCCGGAAAACAGAACCCAGAAGCAAAAACUCCCUGUGACGUCUGACAGUGUAGCACUCUGCUGUCGCGCACUCACCGGAAAUGCACGUGACCACGGCUGUUUCCCGCCCGGCGGCUGCUUUACUCACUUGACUUAAAAUGAUCGUUUUACUUUCCCGUGUCACGAGACGUGGAAAUUCUGCCGCUAUCUGCGCCAUCGUCGUGUCCUCCUUCCUCUGCCGUCAUUCUCACAAGUUUGAAAAUACGUAAGUGGCCCCUCCCCUUCUGCUACGGAGCCAAGAUGGCGACCGUUAGAGUGAGAAGUGUUGAGUGAACCAGCUCUGUGAGUUGUGAAGUACGUGGAUUGAGACACAGCUGAGUUAGCUUUAGUCCAAUAUCUUAAUGUUCAUGUUAGAGAAGCCCUGAAACAACCCUCCAACAUAACCUCCCUGACCUCUGACCCCUGACCUCUGACCCCUGACCUCCCUUCAAAAGAGUGAAACUUAGAGACAAGAUAGAGAAGAGAAGCAUCGUCACUGGACGUCAGACAUGUAUCCUGUAUGUACUCGCUUCAAGCUUCAUAUGUAGAGAUUUAAUCGUCAGGUUUUAAAGCUGCAGUGACGCAUUGUGACCAGGAGAGGGCAGAAAGACCAACGAUGUAACGCUUAUCCACCUACCUGUUUAUUUUUCCAUGUUCAGGUCACAUGACGGGAGGUGGUGAUGUAACAGGUGUCCAUGGUUAUAGCUGUUCACACGAUAAAAAUACAGGAAAAAUACAAUCUGAGAUUUCAAUAAAGUUUAAUGUUAGAAAAAUAAAGUUUAAUCAGGAGGAAAAGUUGUCACAUUUUGAACAAGUAACAUUUUGAGAAUACAGUCAUUCUGAAGCAUAUCAUUAUUAGAGGGUUAUUAUUAAUAUUUAUUAAGGAAUAAAAUCUUAAUAUUGAGAAAAAGUGAAGAAAAAAGAAAAAUAAAGUCAUGAUGUUUCAGACAGAGUCAUAUUUUAAAGACAUUUUAAAGAACUUUCUUCUUGAAUGUAACAACUUUAUUCAGGUUGGUGUUUUUUAAAGACGCUCCGUCCUGGUCAAACACAUUUACAAAGACAAACAGAGGGUGGAGCUGAUGUAGUGGAGAUGGAGAUGUUUACCAUCCAAACAACAGUUAAGGAGCAGUCACACACUUCUGUUAUGUAAGAGCUCCCAAACGCCUCCUGAGGAGGUCAGUGAACACACCACAAACACACCCACGUUUACUUCAGUUUAUUUUAGUGAACGUCAACGACAGUUUGACACUCUGCCGUUUUUGCAUGGACAGCAUGGAGAGUCAUUGAACGUAUCCUGGAAACCAUUUCUUACAGAGCAGCAACUUUACUGUAUCAACGUGUUACUGAAUGUACAGCUGGACGUGAUGUUCACGAACACAACACUGAGUGUAACACAGUGUCAACAGCUGCGUCCUGAUUGGCCGGAGCACCUGUAGCUAGGAGCUUCAGGGUCAGUCCAGUGUCUUCAUGUCUGUAGAUCUGCAGAAAGAGAAAUCAAUGAUGUCAGUAAAUGAACCAAAAAGUCAAAUAAACAACAGAAACAUG